AUUCAUUAAUUUAAUGUCAGUUGGAAAUUGUUGUGUAGACAAAGUCAAAAACUGAGUAGAAAAUUGAAAAUACCAAAUUUAAUUAAAUCUUUUGUACUUGAAUCUUAUAACACACCGACCGACUACAUUGUUAUUAAAGCUUUAUUUUAAUUGACCUUAGCCAUCAGGUACAAUGUCUCGAAAACCGAGUAGUGGAAAAAAGAGCAACUUGUCCCAAUUUGGUCUACUAGACAUCCCAGACUUUGACGAUGGAGACGAACCUCUUGAUCUUUCUGAUGACGACAUAGAUCUGGAAGCUGAAUUGGCAGCUAUCAGUGGUGGAGGAGCUCGGAGGCCCAAGAAACCUGCACCAGUACCAGUAACAAAUCUAGAUGCUAUGAUUGCUGAGAGCCUAAAAGACAUUCCCUCUGAUGAUGAAGGAUCAGGUGAUGAUGAUGACCCUGACCUUCUAAGUGAGCUGAAAGAGCUUGCCAUAGAUGAUGAUGAGGCACCCCCUCCCCCGCCCCGUGCCGCCCGUCCCGCGCCCCCGCCACCGGGAAGUACUGACAGUAGUGUUAUCAGUGUGUUACAAGACAGAAUAACUAAUUAUAGUGCAGCUGAGAAACAUGCUAAGGACAGUGGAGAGAGUAGCCGUGCUAGAAGAUUCGGGCGUGGUUUAAAAACCCUCAAUGAUCUACUGAAGCAGGCUAAAGCGGGCAGACCUAUCAAGAAUGAAGAUAUACCACCUCCAGUCACUCUCGGCAAAUCAGCCCCGGAGCAACCUGCAGCUGAACCUAUACCAAGUGCUCCGCCAAGGACCGUGCCAGCUCCAGAAGCCGAGGAGCUACCAAUAGCCCCGGAACCAAUGGAGCCUCCACCCCCACCUCCGAGAGUGGAAUCACAAGGGAUCAGCUCAGAGAGACAAGAGGGUUUGCAGAUUAUAUUAAGACGUAAAGAAGAGUUUAAAGCUGCGGCAUUAUCGUGUAAGCAUUCUGGGGACAAAGCACUAGCACUGGAACACCUGAAGGUGGUAAAGCAGUUUGAGCUGGUGGUGGACGCGUACAAGGCUGGUCAAGAGAUGGACCUAAGCGAAUUGCCUACACCUGAAGCCAUCGCUGCUGCAUUCAAGUCCCAACAAAAGGGUGAAGAAAGUGUGCAGAACUCUACGGAAGCAAGUCCUCUGGAGCCAACACCUGAACCUGCAGGUUUGAUAACCGCGUCGACACUGGCUGAAGCUUUAAAACAAAGACUUGCUGCAUUCCAGGAUCAAGAAGCGAAAGCUAAAGAGCAAGGUAAUUCGUCUAAAGCUCGUCGUAUGGGGCGUAUCGUGAAGCAGUACCAGGACGCGAUACGACUCCACGCGGCCGGACGCCCACUGCCGGUAGACGAACUGCCCACGCCCAGCGGGUACGCACCACUGCCCACUGAACAGGGUAGUGGACACGCGUCCCCCGCCGCGCCGCGGGCCCCUCCCCGCGCAGCCCCCGCCCCCGCCUCGCCACACCCCUCCACAGCCCCUUCCACGUCGCCCUCCACCUCUCCCUCCACUGCGACCUCCCGCCACGACCGCCAGCUGACCUUCUUACUUCACAAGCAGAAAGAAUUCAAAGAAGCCGCGCUCAAUGCUAAGAGAGAAGGCAACAUUAGCCAGGCUAAAGAGUAUCUGCGGGCAGCGAAGGGUUUCGACUCCGUGAUAGAGGCGGCGCGCGGCGGACUGCUCGUCGACCUCACGUCCCUGCCCCUGCCGCCCAGGGAAAAGAAACAGAUCGAACAGACCUUCGAUAUAGUAUCAAAAGAAGACUGCGAUGAGUUAGAGACGGAUGCAGAAGAGGAGGAUGUGCUGUCGCGGCUGCAGCGGCAGCUGACGGCGCAGCUGCAGCAGUGCCUGCGCCACAAGGAGCACUGCCGCGCGCUCGGACACCUCGCAGACAUGCACCGCUUCGAACAACUCGCUAAUACUGUCAAACAGGACUUAGAUGUCGUGGUUGUCGCUAAAAGCUUAGGCCACGACCCGCCGAAGUUCCACUACGAGAAUAAAGUGUUCUCCGUAGUGCAGUGCAACACGGACCUUAACGAGAACGAGUUAGAGCUGAGUAUCGUGCGCGGCAUCGCGUACAACGUGCCCAACCCUAAAGAAAUCGAUACAUACGUUAAAUUCGAUUUCCCUUAUCCACAGGAAGCGCCAGUAUCCGACCGCACCGGUACAGUGAAGGACACGAACAGUCCGCAGUACGAGGCGGUCUUCACUCUGCCGAUACAACGCAACAACAGACAAUGUCUGCGUGUCUUUAAACGACACGCUAUCAAAUUCGAAGUUUAUUCCAGAGGAUGUGACGCGGUGUGGUGUUGCAGCGGCUGGUUCAGUCGGGACGCGCUGCUCGCCACCGCCGCACUCAAGCUGGCGCCGCUGGAGACCCAGGUCACCUUGAACGAAGCGAUCCCGUUGAUGGAGGGGCGGCGCGCCGCGGGCGGCUCCUUGGAGGUGAAGCUGCGCGUGCGCUCGCCGCUGCUGCAGCAACAGGUAGACAAGACCUCGCAUCGCUGGCUUGUCAUUGACAGCUAACUGCCGCAUUAAAACUAGAUACAAGCUUGCUGGCAUACCCUACUGAGUCCCCUACCCUGUCCACUGAGGGACUAUACCAUUUUGUUAUUUGAUAGCGGUUACUUUGUUUUAGAUAACCGCUUAAACUGUUCGAUAUUCCUAAAAUUUUUGUUUUGUCGCCUUUUGAUAGAUUAAUUUAUAUUAUGACAAAGCUAUAUAGCUUCUACAGAAGCUAUGACCGCAGUUGUAGAUUACCUCCAUUUUGAUAACUAUGGGGUCUGAAAAAUGAAAUAAAUAGUAAUCUCUUAAUUUAACAAUUAAGUAUAUUUUAAGGAACUUGAGAUUUGAGGUUAUUAAAUAUUGCGGUUUUAUUUGUGUAUUUUACAGCUUUACAAUGAUCACAAAAUAGACUUUAUUUUUUUAAAUAGUUUACAUAAAGAGGAUUUUAUUGUCAAAUAACCUCUUUCAACGUAUAAUGAAAGUACAUACUAUUAAUAGUUGUAAAUGGCUAGGGGAAUUUAUUUGUAAAUGUUCAAAUCUGUCCAAAUAUGUACAUAAAAAUGUUUUGUCUUUUAUUCAAGUUAUAAUUAUUUAAUUUCCAAGUGCCUAUUGCUAUAUUUAUUGGCGUUGUAAUUAUUGUAGA